AUGCUGACGCACUCAAGCAUCGAGCCGGUAAAGAGGGCCAUCUCAACUUUGCCAGACGGCGCAAUAGCUUCUCUCAUCUUCGAGGAUACCCCAUUUAACGACUUUGGAACUCUGGCAAAGACAGUCUCAGACAAUUUCGCCAACCAAGACAGCAAGAUUCAGACCGUGCCAAGUCUUGUUCCACUGGGAUUCUAUCAACAGGUAGUUCCAACAGGCCAAGCCGACAUUGGCUUCUCCUGGUCGUUUUUCAAUUACCUCGAGAACGUUCCGUCUGUUAGUCUUGACGCAACAGCAUCACCAGCUGAGUUCGCAGUUGCUCGUCAUAAAGCACUCGCAGCAACAGCGCAUACAGACCUCAUCAAGCUACUGAAGCUGAGGGCAAAGGAGACUCGGAGCGGAGGGUAUUUCAUUGCGGCUAUUGGAGGGCAGGCGCCUGAAGGGGAGAGUACGCCUUCGAAGCCGGGAUCGCAAGUUCUCCAGGCUGGGUUGAUGAGAAUGGUCGGCGAGGGCAAGCUGGCAUUGCCUGAGCUGAUGCAGAUGGCUCUUUUCCCAAGUCAUGAGCGCACUCCAAAGGAAAUCGAAGCGGCGUUGAAAGAUGAGGCCGUCGCACCGCUAUGGGAGGUGCAGUCUAUAGAGCCGAAGCUGAUCGUGCAGCCAGCCUGGCAAGUUUACCAGGACAAGAUCAAGACCGACAAAAGCAAGAAAGACGAAGCUCUAAAGGAAUAUGCUCAGAUCGCCAUUAAUAACGUGGUCUCGGCUUCGGGCUGGUUCUGGGUUGAUGUUUUGAAGAAGUCACGAGGCCAAAAUUGGGACGGAGGCGAAGCAUUUCUCGAAGAGUUUAUCAACAUCACCGUUGAGGAAUUUAUCACCAAAUUUGCCGACUUCAAGUUGGAAAUAUGGUAUAACUACAUCAAGCUUAAGAGAACCGAUAAGAAACCCUAA